AUGCGGACUCGCCGCCAUCGCAGCACCGCUGGAAUUAUCUUCUCCACCCGCCUUCUGCAGGAGAAGUGUCAGGAGAAGCGGACCUAUCUUUACGCUACCUUCGGAGAUCUGACAAAAGCCCUCAACACGAUGAAUCGCGAAGGACUGGGGAAAAUCAUGCGGAAAUUCGACUGUCCCGAGCGACUCACUCAGAUGUUACGUCAGUUUCACGAUGGCAUGACGGCGCGCUUCACGGAUAAUGGAGUCGUCUCAGAGGCAUUCGCAGUGACCAACGGGGUGAAUCAGAACUGCGUCCUCGGCCUCAUGUUCACGAUCAUGCUACUGAACGCCUAUUGUGAAAGCGCCCCAGGAUCCGCGUCGCCUACAGAACGGACGGCCAACUCCUCAGUCAUCAGCGGAUGCAGUUCCAGUCGCGUGUGCCCACAACUUCCGUCCAUGAACUUCUGUUCGCCGACGACUGUAGCCUAA